AUUUAGCAGCACCUCGUUCUGUGUGCGGGACUCACUGCACAGGGAGCAGCCUGAGGUCGUAGAGACAACUGGACUGAAUCCUGGAAAAACCGUUAGACGUCUGCAAACAUGGUUGAUGCUUUCUGCGGCACAUGGAACCUGGUGGACAGUCAGAACUUUGAUGACUACAUGAAGGAGCUAGGUGUUGGCUUUGCCACCAGACAAGUGGGAAACGUGACCAAACCCACGGUGGUGAUCGGCCAGGACGGAGACAAAGUGGUGAUAAAAACCCUGAGCACCUUCAGGAACACUGAGAUCUCCUCCAAACUGGGCGACGAGUUUGAUGAGACCACGCCCGAUGACCGACACGUCAAGUCGACCUUCACCAUGGAGGGAGACAAGUUUGUGCAGGUGCAGAAGUGGGACGGGAAGGAGACCAGAUUUGUCAGAGAAAUCAAGGACGGGAAGAUGGUGAUGACUCUGACCUUUGGAGGUGUCCAGGCCGUGCGCACGUAUGAAAAAGCCUGAAGUUUCCCACCGCGGAAGAGCAAAUCAUUCCAGCACUGUGUUCACCCACCAUCCAGGUGUUCAUUUCUAACAUUAAAGCUGUGGUUUUUUUAUUGUACUCAAUGAUUUGCACUUGAUUCAUUGUCUGACGUGUGAACAUUUCUAAGAUCUUUUUGUGAAAUCCUGACUGUGAGGUUCUUUUUCAUUCUGCGCGUCUGAAAAAAAAAAAGGGAAAAUAAACUGUUUGACUGAAAA